UUUAUUGGCCAAAAAAAAAAAACAACAACAACAAAAAUAAGAAACGGUUAGACAAAGCCAAGUGCGAAAUUGCCAACUUGGCGUCGAGUAAUUAAAUAAUUAAUUGAACCGAACAAAGGAAUUUCGCAAGGCAAAAGCGAAGAGGAACAAUUAACUGGCUUUAAUUAUAGGAAAGGUCAAUACUCAGAGACUACGGGAGUCACGCACUUUUGCUUAGGGAAUCUGUAGUUGGCCAAGAACCGGUUAACCAGUUGGCCAAGCCAAAAAUCCAAAAUCCCCCAGCCAUAUUUGUCAUGUGUGUGUGUUUGUGUGUGCGUGAAGCGCCUUGUUUAAUUAGAAGUCGACACCUGUACUCCAAAUGGCAGUACUCUGCAUUUUGACUGGGUUCCUUCAGACGCUUUUCUUUUUUCUCUUUUGUUCUUUUUGUUUUUUUUUCUUUCUUUUUGUCUUUUGGCCCAAACCGCAAAGAGCCGCUUGAUGGCCAACUGACUGACUGAAGCAGCAGCAAGAGCAGUACGAGCACUACGAGCAGCAUCCACUACAGCAUCAUCGUCAUCAUCUUUAUCAUCAUCAUCAUCAUCAUCAUCAUCAUUAUCAGCGUCUUCGCCAUCAUCGACUUGGCCAAUUCUUCUUCUUCCACUUUUGGCCAUGACCAAGACCACGAAGUUGCCAACGAAGACCAAGAACUUGCCGAGUUGAAGAGCGUGUGAGCCGAGAGUCUUGCUUUUGCUUUUGGUUUUGGCCAAAGUUACAUGCUCGCUGAGCAGUCGACGUCGCUGUUUGCGUCGCUGAAGCCGGCUUCAAGUUGGCAGCAACUCCGCUGCUGCAGUGCCGUCAACGCCAACGCCAACGCCAACGCCGACGUCGACCGCAGCGUAGUGAGAUCCAAUUGAUGAGCAGUUUGCUUUUGCCUUUGCUUUUGCUUUGCUCACCCAGCAUUUGAGUGUGUUUGUAGUUUGGGUUCUUAAAACGCUCUCUUUCGACGACGUCGCUCUCUCUCCGCUGCAAGUUGUUGCUACUGCUUUUGCUGCUUUCGGCCUGCGUCACAGCCAGCGUCGCUGUCGCUGGCUCAUACCUUUGAUUUUCAAAAAAAAAAAAAGAAAGAAAAAAAACAGAAAAGAAAAAAAACCGCCGCGCUACGUAGGCUAUAUAAAUAAGCAGCGAGAAGCUAUUGGGUCCGAGUCUCUUUGAAUUUUAUGAAGCGGUUGUAUCUUGGUGGUGCCCCAAGCAGCCGAAACGAACCGCCAACAGAACCAUCUCAGUUGGCCAAAAACCAUUCUUUUGCCUUUUACCUCCAGUGGAUUACCUUUGCCCUGACAAACGAAAUAAAAAAAAAUAUACAAAAAAAUUUAUAGAAAAAAAGAUAAAACAAACUGACAAGUGAAGAUAUUUAUCGAGUUGAACAAACCCAUAAAGUGCGCGAAAUGUUGAGCUACGUGUAAAAGCGAUUUAAAGGAUCCUAUAACUCUGUGAGAUACAAAUCAAAGAUACAAAUCGAGAAAGAAAGUGGCUAAGUGAUCCCAAAGAAUUCGGAGAAUUCUAAACGACAAACAUAAAUCGUUUGGUUGCUCGAGUGAGAAAGUUACAACCACAAGAUGACAAGAAGACGUUCGAGUCCGCCGGGACUCGAGGAGCUGCUGUAUCUGGCGCUCGUCCUACUGGCCAUGGCCCUGAUACCCACACAAGCCGCCCCGGUUCAGGAGUACACGGAGAUCCAACAGUAUUCGGAAGGCUGCUACUAUAACUAUGCGCAUUACCAAGAGGGCGACCGCAUCAUGACCAAUGAGCCGUGUCUGAACUGCACCUGCCACAACCGCAUGCUGAUGUGCUACCUGCGCGUCUGCCCCUUCACCAAGCCCAUUGGCCACGACUGCAUCGUGGAGAAGCGGGAGGACCAGUGCUGUCCCAUCAUCACCUGCCCAGAAGUCCCUGUGGAUGUGCCUUAUCACACCCCGGAACCCGGUACCGAAUUGAGCAUCCCCGAGAAGUUCGGUUGCAGCAUCGAAGAGAAGUUCUACCCCGAAGGCGCCCAGGUGCCAUCAAAUCCCAACAAGCCUUGCGAACUCUGCUACUGCAUCAACAACCAGACCAAGUGCGUCAUGCAGGAGUGCACUCUCCACGUGGACGGCUGCCUGCCCAUAUAUAACAAGGGUUCCUGUUGCCCAGUGCGCUACAGUUGCGACCACGAAAACGAGUUGGACUUUGUGGACCAGUCGACCACUACUACCACCACCACAGUACGCCCCACAACUGGCUUCAUCCUGGCCAGCACCAUGACGCCGCCAACUACCACAGACUGUAUCCAUGAUGGAGAGGUCUACGCCGAUGGAGCCUCCCUGAAGGGCAAGAAUGCCUGUGAGCAUUGCUACUGUAUGCGUGGAGAUAUCGUUUGCGCUGUCCAGGAGUGCGAGGUGCCAAUGAUGGCGGCCAAUGGAAAGUCUUGUCGCGCCAUGCCAGCUGCCGAGGGCGAGUGCUGCCCCAGCAACUAUGUCUGCGAGGAUGAUAGUGCCACCACCGAAAUUGUUGAGAUUUCCACGCAGGAGAGCGCCACUUCGGUUCCAGCCAAGGGUAUUCAUGAUGAAAUCCCCAAGGAGGAUCAGGAUCUGCAAGAGCACAUCGAUGACGAGGAGAAGGAACAGGAUAAGGAGAAGGAGAGCGCCACUGAUAUUCCUUCUGCGGAGUUGGGAAGCGGCGAUGUUGAGGACGAAGAAGAGGAGAAGGAUAAGGCCACUACCGUUGCUCCAGUCCAUGUCACGGACGAGAAGGACUUCUCUUUCGAGCCCGAAUCAUCCACCGCUGGCAUUGCCUCUGAUUCCAGGAUCGAUGUACCAUCGUCCACCGAGGAAUCUAAGGAAUCAUCCACCGAAGCCGCCGAGGAAGAGAUUGUCAAGACCACCCCAGAGCCUGAGGGUAGCGGUGAAGAGGAUGUGUCUAAGCCUGUCGAGAUUCCCGAGAAGGAAAUCACUGAAGACGAACUCAUCAAGGUCAGCACUUCUGCUCCUGCUAAGGCCAGUCCUGAGGAUGAAGUGGUCAAGGCCACCACCACGGCACCAACAGAGGAAGAGGAUGUUAAGCCCACGAGUGCCGGAACUAUUAGCGAGGAAGGAGAUGAGGGUAAGCCCACAUCCUCGGAGGAGGAAAGCGGUGAAGAAGAUAAGGAUGCCAAGGCCACACCAGCUCCAGAAGAUACUGAAGAGGAAGUCAAACCCACCUCCGCUCCAGUUGCAAGUGAUGAGAAGGAACAAGAGCCCAAGCCCACUGAAGGAAGCGGCGAGGAAGAGGAGGAAAUUAAGCCCACUUCAGCUCCAGCAGCGGAUGCAGUGCCAGAGGAAGCCACAUCAGCUCCUGAAGAAAGCAAAGAACAGGAAGAAGAGAAGUCCACUGAAGCUCCAUCAGCAAUCGAUGAUUCGGAGGCAGGCAAGCCCACUGAAUCUUCAGAGGAAGCUAGCGGAGAAGGAGAAGAUAUUGUCAAGGCAACCACACCUGCUGGAGAAGCCAGUAUCGCAGAAGAAGAACCGGUCGUCCCUGGAACCCUGCCUCCCAGCAUCGCAGGAGAAGAAGAGUUCGUUAAGGAAACCACGCCUGCCGGAGAACCCAGCAGCGAAGAAGAGAUCGUCAAGGGAACCACACCUGCCGGAGAAACCAGCAGCGAUGCAGACAAGGAGAUCAUCAAGGAGACCACACCUGCCGGAGACGCUAGUACCGAAGGAGAAGAAGAGAUCGUCAAGGCAACCACACCUUCCGAAGAAUCCAGCAGCGAAGGGGAGGAGGAGAUCGUCAAGGGAACCACACCCGCCUCAGAAUCCAGCAGUGAAGGAGAGCCGGAGAUCGUCAAGGAAACCACACCCGCCGGAGAACCUAGCAGUGAAGGCGAGGAAGAGAUCGUCAAGGGAACUACACCUGCUCCAGAAUCCAGCAGCGAAGGCGAGGAAGAGAUCGUCAAGGAAACAACACCUGCUCCAGAAUCCAGCAGCGAAGGCGAAGAGGAAGUCAUCAAGGCUACCACUUCUGCUCCUAAGACCGACUUCGAGGGCAUCAAAGAACCAGAGACUGCCACGGAAGUUCCGGAGAAAGAAGGCGAGGACUUGGUUAAGCCCACAACGCCAAUCGCUGAGGCUGAAGAAGAACCCAUUGCCGGAACACCAAUCCCAACUGAAGAUAUCAGUGCCGAAGAGGAGAUUGUCAAGGCCACCACUCCAAAGACCCUCGGAGAGCAGCAACAAACUGGGGAGGAAUCCACCGAGUUGCCAGUGGAAGAAGGUGAUCUACCAAGCUCGACCAGUGCCCCAGCAAUUGCUUCCUCGACCGAAGGUGUCCAGGAGGGUUCAGUUGAAACGACAUCUACGGCUCCUGCCCGAGCUGGCGACAAGGAUGAAGCCAGCGCCACCGAACCCACUUCCGAUGACAAGGACGAAGAUGAGGUCGAAGAGGAUGCCACAGACUUGCCAGUCGAGGAUGCAGUCCAGAGCACAACUGCCAGGACCACCACUACCGAGAAGACCAAAGAGGAGUCCUCAACCGAAGCCGAGGAGGCUGAAAUCGAGCCAUCCACUGUUACCCCCGUUGACAAAGAGGAGGUCCCAGCAGGUGAGCCUGCAGACAAGGAUCAGAAGGAUGAGGAAGAUGUACAGGCAAGCACUGAGCUGCCAACCAAAUCCGAUAUUGUGCCACCCGUUGUCGAUGCCGAAGCCUCCACCAGUCAGCCUGAGACCAGCGAUGAAACCGCUACAGAUAAGCCAACCUCUGUCUAUCUGCCUCCCGCUGGAGAAAAGGACUCUUCGGAGGAAGAGCAAUCAGCCACUGAACCCUCUGCCCAAGAAGAGCCAUCUAAGCCUGUGGAGACCACCCCUGUGCCCCAGGAAGUAUCAUCCAGCACUGCCAAGGUUGACAAUCGCAAUGACUUCGAAACAGAGAAGCCAACACAGCCACCAAGUGGAGAGGAUCAAAGCUCCUCCUCCGAGCCCUUGCCCGCCAUGGAUCUGCCCGCUGUUAUUCCAGGCGAAGGUGAUUGCCUGGUGGAGGGCAAGACCUAUGCCAACAACACUAUUGUGCCCGCAACUGCUCCCUGCGACGUGUCCUGCAGAUGCAUCAGCAGCCUCGUGUCUUGCCAGCAAAUGGAGUGCAAGUUGCCCGAGAACCUGGAGAAAUGUACCCUGGCUGCCGAUCUUGUGGAUGGUUGCUGUCCCACUUACGUCUGCGAUGAGAGCGCUGAAAGUGCUGAAAAGGAACAGGACUCUACUGCUAAGCCCGACGACAAGAUCGACGAGGAUGUCUCCGAGAUCAGCACUGAGCAAAUUCCCAAGGACGUCAUCAUGCCCACUGGCAUUACUGAGCGUCCUCUUUCUCAUGUCAAGCCCGAUGAAGAGAUCCAACCAGUAACCUCCGUUCCCUCACAGGCUGAGGAAUCUACCACUGCACAGGCCGAAAAGAAACCAGUUGAUGAAUCCGCUGAGGAUAAGAAACCAGUUGAAGAAUCCGAGGAGGAUAAGAAACCAGUUGAAGAAUCCGAGGAGGAUAAGAAACCAGUUGAAGAAUCCGAGGAGGAUAAGAAGCCAGUUGAAGAAUCCGAGGAGGAUAAGAAACCAGUUGAAGAAUCCGAGGAGGAUAAGAAACCAGUUGAAGAAUCCGAGGAGGAUAAGAAACCAGCUGAGGACUCAGAAGAAAAGGAGAAGCCUUCGCCUGCUGUCACACCUGCUGAUGAGAUCGAACAGGAAACCCAGAAACCACUUGACAAGGAACCUAAGCCCGAGGACGAGAAGAAGCCGGAAGAUGAAAUCUUGGCAGCCACUGAGCAACCCGAGUCUUCCACUCCCUCCCAGUUUGCCGACGAUGCCGAGAAGGAGACUGAAGACAAACUGGCCACGACAUCUGCUCCUAUUCCAAGUGAGGAAGAAGCCAAGCCUGUCGAAGAUGAGAAACCCGCUGCAGAAGAGAAACCGACUAAGGCUGAGGCCAUCCCAGAAGCUACCACAGCUCAGCCCGAGAAGGAGUCACCUGAGUCCGCAACUGAGUUGCCAGCUGCUGAUCUCGACAAGAAACCAGAGGCUGAGGAACCAACUCCAGCUACCGUGGCGCCUGAGACCGAUAAGAUUCCUGAAGUUCAGACUAGUGUUCCAGCUGGCGAUGAGAUCGAAGAAUCUGAUAAAUUCACGACUGUUGCUCCAUCGAAGGCUUCUGAUGAAACGGAACCAGCUAGCGAUGAAGAUAUCGUUCCUCCUACCUCGGUGCCCAUUGAAAGUGAAAUUGAAAUCACCACCCAGAAGCCAAUCGUGCAUGGACCACCACUGCCCACACUUGCCCCAGCACAGCCAGAGAAGCCUGUCGAGGAAGAGAGCUCCACUGAGGCUGAAAUCAGCACUGAACCAAGCGCUGAAGUUGAGAAGGAUACCUCUGAUGAGACAUCCGAGUCAGACAAUGAAAUCGAGGGCGAUGCUACUCCUGCUCCUGCUCCUGCUCCAGUAUCUGCUGAUGAGGACAAGGCCCCAAGCACUGAAAAGACAGUUGAAGACGAAGAAAAGGGCACCACAGUUGCCCCAGCUGUUGGCGAUGAGGAGGAGUCCAAUUUGCCCAAGCUGCCUCAAGAUAUCUUUGAAGAGGAAGUGCCUGCCGCCAUUACCACCCCAGCUCCAGCGAAGGCCGAGGAUGAGCAGAAACCAGUUGAAGAAGGAGAGAAACCAGUCGAAGAUGAAGAGAAACCAGUCGAAGAUGGACAGAAGCCUAUUGAAGACGAGACCUCCACAUCAGCUUCUGCUGAAAAUGAGAUUGAGCCUGAAUCUGAUCGCGCAACCACAGCUGCUCCUACUAAGGAAGGCGCUGAAGAAGCAUCUACUGGAGCUCCUGCAUCUGACGAGAGCAAGGAAACCCCUGAAUCUGAAUUGCCCACAACUGUUGCCCCCGCUGAUGAAAAGGUUCCAACAAGCAGCAUCACUCCCGAUGAGGAAGCUUCUGCCACUUCUGCUCCUGUUGCCAAGCCUGAUGAAGAUGUAGAGAAGGAAACCAGCACAGAAACUCCCACUGGCAUUCCUGAAUCUUCUGAAGAAGAGGACAAGGAAACAUCUACGGCUAAGACGCCAUCUCAGGUGGCCGAGGAGAAACCUGAAACUCCUGCUGAAACUCCAGAGAAAGAAGAGGAAGCUGUUGAGGUCACCACAGUUCCAACGACCGCUGAUGAAGUGCCUCCUAUCCAGAGACUGCCCGAGGAAGUUCUUGCUGAGAUUCCUCAGCCUUCGACCGAAACCGGAAUUAAGGCGGAAGGUGAAACUACUGCUGCUCCAAGCAUUGGCCAAGAGGAACCUGCUGUUACUGAAAUCGAUCAAGAAGUCACCACAGUGGCUCCUAUCUCUGAGAAGGAUGAGAAGCCAACUGAGGAAGAGAAACCAGUGGAAGAGAAGCCAACUGAGGAAGAGAAGCCAACUGAGGAAGAAAAACCAAGUGGAGAAGAGCCAUCUGAGGAAGAGGAGAAAGAGAAGCCCACAGAACAGGACAUAUCCACUGAGGUUCCUGCUAAGAUCGCCACCCCCGCAGAUAAGCUUGAAACUGAGGCUGCCUCCACUGAAACUCCUGAGGAGGGACCUACUGAAUCUUCUGAGGAAAUUGAGCCAUCGACUGAAGCAAGUCUUGAAGAGCAGCCUGAAGACAAGCAGCCCUCAUCCACGGCCCAAGCUCCAGUUGAGAAGAUUCCUGAAAUCUCCACCGAACUGCCAGUUGAAAGUGCCGAGAAACCUACAACCAUUGCUCCUGUUGCCGCCGAUGAAGAUACCUCUGGUCCGUUGGACGAAAAGAUUCCCUCAGUUUCCAGUGAGGAAGACCAGAGUCCAGAAGUCACUACUGUCGCACCGCAAGCGGCUGAAGAGGAUAAGAAACCAUCUGAAGAUGAGCCUUCUUCCACUGACAAGGUACCAGAAGAAGAAGACAAGAAGCCCGUGGACGAGAAGGUGGCAGAAGAGAAACCUGAGACUGCAACUCAAGUGCCUGAGCUGGCAGAGGAGGCGGUUCCUUCGUCUACGUCUGCCCCAAUUGCUGGUGGAGACCUCGAAAAGGAGGAAGAUGCCACUACUGCCUUGCCUGUCCAAGAGGAGGGAGAAGCUAUCAAACCAACCCUUGCACCAUCUGCUGAAAUUCCUGAAUCAUCCGAAAAGGAACCCACAGUACCUGAACAGGAAGUGGAAUCUGAAACCAAGCCCAGCACUGAAGAGUCUGACGAGAAGCCCAUUGGGGACACUGCCUCUGCAACAUCUGGACCCAUUGACAAAGCUUCCACAGUCGCUCCUACCAAGGAAGAAUCGAGCACUGCUGCUAGCCCAGUUUCGCCUGCUGUUCAAGACGAUGAAACUAAGGAUGCCACCACUGUAUCACCAGUGGCCGAUGAGAAAGAAGUGGCUGCUCCCCAGGAUGAUACCAAGACAUCUAUUGAUGUAUCCACCGAUUCUCCCGUUGCCCAAGAGGAUGAAGAACAAGAUAAAACCGAGGCUCCAGUUGCAGCCACUACUGCUGCAUCGCCUGCCUCUGAUUCCACUGCUGAUUCUUCUACUCCUUCAAUGGAUGUUCCGUCUGCCGAGGAAAUCGAACCGAAGCCAAUGGAAGAGAGCAUGUCCCAGACUGUUGCUCCGCAUACUGCCGAUGAGUCUGCGCCCACAUCCGCUGAGGAUGAAGACCAGUCUCCAGUUACUGUGUCUCCUCAGGAUGCUGAAAAGACUCCAGUUACCGCAGUUCCCGUCGACACUGAAAAGACUCCAGUUACCGCGGCUCCCGAGGAUGCUGAUAAGGUUUCAGCCCCAGUUUCUCCCCAGGAUGCUGAUGAGUCCCCAGCCACAGUUUCUCCCCAGGAUGGUGAGGAAGUUCCAGUUACAGCGGCUCCUCAAGAUGAAGACAAAAUCCCAUCCACGCUGGCUCCUCGCACUGAUGAGAAAGUUCCACCUACUGCUGCUCCUGUGGAUGAUGAGAAGAUUCCAGCUACAGCAGCUCCUCUUGAUGACGAAAAGAUUGCAUCUACAGCAGCACCUGUGGAUGAUGAAAACAUUCCUACUCCAGUUUCUCCAGUUGUUUUCGAUGUGGAGCCAAGCAGCGAGCAGCCUUCUGUAUCUGAAGAUGUUGGUGAAGAGAGCACCGAACCAGCUGUCCAUGAUGCCGAGGAUAGCACUGAUGAGCCCGCAGCUGAUGCUAAACUGAAGCCACCUACUCCCGCACCAGCGAUCCCAUCAGAAUCUCCAGUCACAGAGGCUGAGAUUGUACCGGAAACUGCAGCUCCAGAGGUUGAGAAGGAGGUGCCAGAAACAGCAGCUCCAGAGGCGGAGAAGGAUGUGCCAGAAAAGACCACGGAACAACCAGACCUAGAGAAGGAGGUACCAGAAAAGGCCACUGAACAGCCAGAAUCAAUUGACGAGAAGACCACUCCAGAGCCAGUCGUGAAGCCCAGCUUGGAUUCCACCGAGGAGGGUGAGGAGUCUGUUGAGUCCGAAGAGGAACAUGCUCCAGUCACGGAGGCAGCUGACAAGGAGGAUGAGAGCAAGGAGACUGAGGAGGAAACUGACAAGAAACCAGUGCCAGAGGAGCCUGAGGUGCCCGCCGUAGUUUCGGAGAUUCCUCAGCCAAGUGAUGAGGCCAUUCCCACCACUUCCCACCCACUGUUCUCGCACCUGCCAAGCAGCUCUACCAAGGCGCCAGCCAUCGAUGAUCGCGUGGGCGAAGAUCAAGAAGAGAACACCACCGUCAAAUUGAGCAGUUCCAGCACCACAGAUGCUCCUGUUACAGCAGCUCCAUCGACAACGACGGUGGCCAGCCAACAGCAGCAGCCAAUCACACCACCACCCUAUGGCCAUGCUCCUGAGUACGAGGACGAGUACGACGAGGAGGAAGUCUUCGGACCUGGUACUUGCCGUUACGCUGGCAAACUGUAUGUGUCCGCCCAACAGAUACCACGUGACGAUCCUUGCGACUUCUGCUUCUGCUUCCGAAGCGACAUCAUCUGUCUGCAGCAAUCGUGCCCGCCGCCAAUCGCCGGCUGCCACGAGGAGCCCAUCUCUGGCUUCUGCUGCCCACGCUACGAGUGCCCAGUGUCCAUGGCCGCUGUGUUGAACAUCACCACGAGCACCACCACGACCAGCACCACCCUGCCGCCCCACUUCAUGCAUUAUUCGCACGGUGAGGCGGUAAAGCACACCGGCUGCCUGAUCAACGGCCGUUCCUACCGCGUGGGCCAGCAAAUCGAGUCCACGAGCGGUCCCUGCAUCAGCUGCACUUGCGGUGGAGACGGCAAGAUGAAGUGCGAUCCCCAGCAAUGCGUCCCCGAACCCACCAUGCAGCAGGUGAUGGCCGCCGUGGCGUCGGGACGCAAGAGAUGAACCACCAGCCAUGCUCACUAAAUAUAAUUUAACUAAUUCUUAAGCACUGCAGACAACAAUCACGAACCGACGAACCAACCAGCCCAGAUAGCACCACUCGCCAACUAGCAGCAAUAGCAAUAGAGAUCACCACUAGAGCCAGAAACAACUAGCAGAAACCAGAAACCAGAUACAGAAUCUAGAAACGGAAUACCAUAGAAAUAGGUGCCAAAAGCCAAAAGCAAUAGUGAACCAGGACAAGAUGCAAUAGUGUUAAUUUGGGUUUGCCGACAUUUGCACACUUUCAAUUGGAUUACGCCCCCCACUUGUUUCGGAUUAGGUUACGGUGACGAAGCAACCAGUGAUAUUGUACUGUAUACAUAGUAUAGGUGCAAUUAAUUUAGACGCGCUCACUUAAAACGAUUACUUAUUUGUAUGUGUACUAGUAUUUUGGGCUUGUGACCCUAGUGACAGGACAUAUAGCCACCACAGCAGCCGACGUAGCGCGUGCCUUGUAAGGUCGUUCAUUGUGCCCGCCGCCAUACAAUCGCUUUCAGGAGACUCUCAGCACCCCCAAAAAAAAUAUGUAUGUAUAGCGAAAAUAUUCCGGUUACGGAUCGCAAUCAAUGGCGUUACGAAGCCACGGCAUUCGGCCGCCGGACAGGAUUCUACACUUGCCCACAUCCGGCGGCUCACUCUUCUCCAAUGCGCUUUUAUAGUAUUUUAGUCACCUUAUUUUAAACAUUAUUAUUUUUGUGUAUAAUUGUUGCUUCUAGUCUUCUUUUGUUGCAAGAGCAACGGAAUCCGCCUGUAACACGCGCACAACCCGAUCAAUUCGAUCGAUCAAAUCAGAAUCAAAAUCAGAAUCAGAUCAGAUUAGAUUGGAUCGGGGAAAUUGAAUCAAAUUGAGUUGAGUUGAGUUGAGAAACUGUAUCUUCUAUGAACUAUUCCAAGCUUUUAUACUUUUAUAUACAAAAUACGUGUAGAGUGGAGAAACGAACGAACUAGUUUUUAUAGCAAUUUUACAAAACGAACGCACAAAUUGCAUAGUUUUAACGGAUUGAAUUUGUACUUCGCCCGCUGCACCUGCACCAGCACCAGGGUCAGGUGCAUAUGAGGUGGCCAAACCGUAGUCUACAUAGAAUUUUUAGAUCAACUGAAACUGAAACUGAAACGGAAACUAAUUACGGAACCGCAAAGAUAAACAAAAAAAAACACUGUCGGAUAUGGCUACUGCUCGACUGACUGAAAAUCAAACAGAUCGAAGAGGAGUUAUCUUUGUAAACUAUUUUUUUUAACUACCAGCUGCCGCGCUGGUAAUUACUUUAUUGGUCGUAGGAUAAAAAGAAACGAAUGGAUCUUCAGUCACUUGAGCCUUAGCAAUAGACCGUAACCUGUAAUCUUCAACGUUUUAAUAACGCUGAAUGAAUACGAGCAUCAAUUAGUUUUAUAUAAUCUCUAAAUAUAGUUGUAGCCCUAAGUAUUUAAUUUUAAAAAUAAAUAAAUAAAUUUUAAUUUAGAUCUUAUUUAUUUCAUAUGCCUUUUAAGAACAGCUCUUGUGUUUCCAUACCUUAUCAUAAUUUAUAUGCAGCUAUUCUUUGUAAUCUAAUAAAUAAAUACAACGCUUUUUAUUGAAAUGUA